AUGCUACAAUGGGUCAAAGCAGCAGGCCGACUAGCGGCCAAGUCACCGAACGAUGUAGUUGUUCUUUCCGCCGUUCGUAGUCCCAUUACACGCUCUUUCAGAGGAGGCUUUAAGGAUGCCUGGCCAGAGGAUAUUCUGGGACCGCUUUUGGCAGAAGCCCCGCGUCGGGCUGGAAUUGAACCCCGAGAUGUCCAAGAUGUCCUCAUUGGGAAUGUCCUAGCAGAGCUUGGAUUUGCCAAAACGGGAAGAAUGGCCCUCCUCAAUGCUGGAUUUCCAGUCACAACUACCUUCCACACCGUCAAUAGACAGUGCUCAAGCAGCUUGCAGGCUUUGACACACAUGUCCCAUGCGAUUCAAGUCGGACAAAUAGAUGUGGCUAUGGCGGGUGGCGUAGAGAGCAUGACCAAGAAUUACCAGACCCGUGGCGUGCCCAUUGAUGUUGGCCCAAGUCUGCGAGCGACUGGAGUAAAGCCAGCAGCCGACUGCCUGAUGUCUAUGGGUAAUACCUCGGAGAACGUAGCUGCCCGCUAUAAAGUCAGUCGAGAGGUGCAGGACAGCUUCGCGUUGCGAAGCCACGAGCGAGCCAUCGAGGCCCAGACUCAAGGGCGCUUCGCCAACGAGAUUGUCCCGAUUGAGUACACAAUAUUUGAGGGGGAUACAAAGUCCACCAUCCAGGUGGCAAAGGAUGAUACCAUCCGGGCGGGUGUGACCAUGGAAAAACUGGCCAAGCUGAAGCCGGUCUUCUCCGAAACGGGCGGAAGCACUGCUGGCAACUCAUCGCAGAUCAGCGACGGUGCUUCUGCCGCCGUUCUCGCACGACGAGACUGGGCCGAGGCACGAGGGUUGAAACCGCUUGCACGUUUCUUAGGAACGCAAGUUGCCGGGUGCGGCCCAGACGAGAUGGGUAUGGGGCCUUUAUACGCUAUAUCGAGGCUGUAUAGUUAUUUGGGCUUGGAAAAGAAGGACGUUGAUAUCUUCGAGCUCAAUGAAGCAUUUGCUAGCCAGACUGUGGCUUGUAUCAAUAUGCUUGAGCUGGACAUCGACAAGGUCAAUCCCAACGGAGGGGCCAUUGCCCUGGGUCAUCCAACUGGAGCUACAGGAACGAGGCAAUUGGCAACUUUGCUCGCAGAGCUCACACGUCAGGGCAAAGAGAUCGGGAUCAUCAGCAUGUGUGCAAGCACUGGCUUAGGAGUUGCUUCCGCUUUUAUUCGAGAAUGA